CUUCUCUUUCUAAAUAUCUUUUCUUGUUCUCUUUGGAUAUCAUACACUUACAUACAUAAUACUCUCUUGAUCUCAUUCUUGAUCUCAUUCUUGAUCUAAUCAUCACUGUCACUGUCACUGUCACUGUUGCUUCUACUUUGUUCUUCUUCAUUUUAUUUUAAUAUUAUACAUAUAUAAACUCAUCUACGUACAAUGUCAAUUCUCGGCAAACUUGGAUUGGGAAAGAAAAAGAGUACCAAAAAACAACAACAACAGCAACAACAACAACAGAGACGUUCUACAUCCAAUCCUCACUCUCACUCACCUACGUCAUCGCUGGCAUCGAUCUCAACCUCAUCUUCAUCCUCGUUCUUACCAACCCCACAAGAGACCUCACCCGUCGAAAUCCGGGCAAUAUUCCGAACUCUUGAAUUAGCCUGGUACUAUCGCACACCGGCCUUACCGGGCCAGUCAGACGACAGUAACCAUAGCAACUGGGCACGUUUUGACCAGUCCAAUGAAGACCGAAUCGAAGCAGCCUACGGAACCAAUCCGUCCUGUGUUCUUUCUUCCACUGCAGUCGGACCAUGUACGAUUUUCUUUUCAGAGCCCUUGCCCAAACCGCCCAAAAGAAGACCGUCGACCCUCAUACACUCGUUCUCGGAGCGUCAAAAGGCCCACUUUUCUUCGAUGCCUUCAUUGAAUAUCCAAGCCCUGUCCCAAAAGAAAGAACCGACAGAUAUUAUGGCCGCAGCAGCAGCAGUUGGAUCGGUUUUGGUUCUCGACAAGGACGUUCGGCGUUCUGUUGCACCAGUCUGGUGGUUUGAACAUGAUAGUCUGGAAGACGGUUCAAAGGGCAUGUACCGAUUCGAUCAUAGAAAUCAGGCGCGCCUCGAGGCACUGUCGGAUGAUCGGACCCGGCUGGUCCUAACGGAUACUGUGAUUCCUCGACCUUUUACUGUUGUGCUGGAAAACAGCAGUGGCAAAUCAAGAGAUUCGCCAGAAGAAGUCCGGGGAUAUCUCUAUCAAGAACCGGCCGCAUUCUAUACACAGGAUAUGUUUUUACCUGGUGUUGACUAUCCUUUCCAUGAACAGAAGAUGAUGAUUCACAAGCCAAAUUCGUACGAUGAUUAUAAUAGUAACAGCAUAAACAAUCCUAAUAGUUUCAUUAGAAGUAGUAAAAGCACUAAAAGUAGUAGUGGUAGCGGUAGCGGUAAUGGAAAUAGCAAUGAUCUUGACAUUGAAAUUAUUAGCAAUAAUAAUGAUAUGGAUCAUCAUAAUGUUCUUGUUACUGCUCCUACAGCCACACCUAUUGUUGCUGAAGGGGGGAUUUGGGGAGAAGGUCUUGUACGAAGAUUUACAUUAUAAAAAGAAGAAGAAGGAGACUUUUUUUUUUUAAAAAAAAAAAACACCCCCCCCCCCUUCCUUCCUUCCCUUUGAAUUUUUAUUUUUUAUUUUACUAUUAACACAAUGUAUAUUUAUUUAUUAUUCGAAUAUGUUUUCUUAUUUAAAUUUUCAAAUCUUCAACCUCAUUUCUUUCUUUCUUUCUUUUCAUUAUUAUUAUUUUAUAUCCAUAAUCUCAUUAACAUAUACACACAGGUAUUCUGUUGUUGUUUACAAAUUCAUUACACUACACUACAUUGCAUUGCAUUACAUUGCCUUACAUUACAUUAAAUUAUAUUAUAUAUUUUUUUGCCUCACUGUAUAUAUAUACACAAUACCAUAUCUUUUUUUAAAAAAAUAAUAAAAAAUUCAACAUAUUUUAUAUACGCAAA